UAAAAAAAGUAAAGCAACCAGACUGCAAUGCAAUGUAUUAUAGUAUUUUCUUAAUUUUUUAUGAAAAUACUGAAUUUUACGUCCAUUUUUUGUUCAUGUUAUAACCCAAAUCAACAUUUGGGUUAUGGAGUCACCGCCUUUUUCAACACACUCUGAGGCGCCUCCUAUCAGCGAAGAUAGUGGUCUUAUAAUUACAAGUGGUUCUUUUUCUAGUGAUUCUGCCAGUGGAUGGCAUCACGUCGCAUCCGAGCUACAAGAAAGUGACUUCGAUGAAAAAUCACUGUCGCUUUGUGAAUCAACAGAGACAUCGGAACGCAUGUGUGGCGAUUUUUUUAAUACUGUAAAGAAAGGACCUGGCAAAGUUAUCGUUACGACUAUUGAGCCACCUCCAGAAUUUCAGGAUAGUCCCGCUUCGGAAAGCGUAGAAAAAUGUGCGGCUGCAUACGUGCCUCCGACCGUUGUUUUCACCUAUGAUGUUGCAGACAAAGUCAGAACAUCUAACGUGGAUGUAGCAAUCACGACGAGACAUAUUUCUCCGAUGUAUCCAAGAAAACUUAAGCCUGAAUCUCUAUACGAACGUCGUCAAUGUUUGAAUCAUAGGUUCGCGAGCCCAAGGCUUCUUCACUUGAGCCCCUGUCGAGUCAAUCGGCCUUCUUCGAGAAACUCUCUAUCGUCGAGGUUGUCCAGCAGUCACAACUCGCUUGUUACUCAGUUCCAAGCUGAUGAUUCGAGUUUCAUCACCCAGGCUAUUUCACACGACACGCUCUCUUCUAAACCCUCUGAUAUAACGGAUAUGUAUAAUGUUCCCUUCGAUAGCGAUAUUUAUGCAGUGCCCAUUGAUAUGGUACGGCCUAGUCAGAGCAACAUAAGGAAUAAAGGAAAGAAACCACCUAGGAACAACAAAAAGCGUGGCAAGACUGUAACUCAGGCCACGGUGUCUAAUAUCCCUGUUAUUGAUAAAAAUCAUAAAGCAAAGGAAAACAACAGACACAAGGAAGUGAAGACUAAAAGACAUAGCUUGCCUAGUUCAUCUUGUAAGAAAGCUACCGGCGAUUCUGAUACUGAUUCUUUACAUUUAACCUUACGUGAAAUGAGGAAAUAUUUGCACACACUUUAUUCUAGUUCAAGUGAUUCAGAAUGUAGAGCUACUAUUAAUAAAAAAAAUAAUCCCAUAGUAAGUAAUGUUGGGAUUCAUGCAAAACAUAUUGCUAAAGAUGCCAGUUCCACUGUAUUUUUGAAAGAAAGUAACGAAAUCACUAGAACUGUGGAAACCAAUAAUAACCACAGAAAAGCAAAUAAGAAUUCUUUCGGAAUGAAUGUUAAAAACAAGAAGCAUAAAGAGAAUAUUCCGAAAGAUAUGAUGGAGUUGGAGAAGAACGACAAAGCGGUUAAGAAAAGUAUUACUAAUCAGAGCCAGAAGGCUAAGAUGUCGCCUGUGAGGAUAUUGUCGAUUAAUUUGAAGCAAAGCUUUUGUAAUUUGUUUCGUUGGCGUCGUCAGCCUGUGCCGGAGAGCGCGGACGUGGAGAAGCUGUGUGACGGCAAGGAGGAGUCCCCGCCAGCGGCCGUGCGCCGCGCGCUGCCGCCGCUGCCGGCGCCGCCGCUCGCGCGCCAGGGACCGCGCCGCCCCGGCAACGAAGAAGAUACCGUCAUGGAUUUCGCUACCUCUAUACAAAAAGUUAAAGAUUAUGGCUGGUAUUGGGGUCCGAUAUCGGUGGAAGCUGCUGAAAAGAUUCUUUCGAAUGAACCUGAUGGUUCAUUCAUAGUGCGUGAUAGCAGUGAUGACCAUUAUAUUUUCACUCUAACAUUUAAGCUCAAUGGUCUUAGACAUGUAAGGAUUGAACAUGAUCAGGGUAAUUUCUGUUUUGGUGGCUGCACCAUGUUUAAAGCGCAGACUAUAGUAGAAUUCAUAGAGAAUGCGGUUGAGACGUCUCGAAGCGGCCGGUAUUUGUUCUUCUUAAAUCUACGACCGGUGCUUGGGCCAGUGAGAGUGCAGCUCUUGUAUCCAGUUUCAAGGUUCAAACGCGUACAAAGUCUCCAGCAUAUGUGCAGGUUUGUGAUAUUAAAGUACGUGCGUCGUGACCUCAUUAGUGAUUUACCUCUGCCUCGGCGCCUCGUAGACUACCUGAGUGCUACCCACUACUACUCGGAACUACUCGCUGACAUGUGAACGAAAAUCUAACCACUAUUCGUACAGAGUCCUCGUAAAAACGCGUGAAUAUAAUCAUGAUUUCAUCAUCAAGGUACCUCAUUGAAUAAUUUAUGAAUUUCUAUAAUGAUCUUAUUUAUUUUAUUUUCUUUUUUUGUUUAUUUUUAUUAUUUUACAAUCAUAUUUAAUUUAAUCCUCGUAAUGAAGUGUCGUUAUACAAAGAUCAGUGAAUAUGAACUAUAUGACAUUAUGUAAUGGACGUGAGAUUUGCAAUUUAUUAUAAGGAACUUUGAUUCGUGCAUUUCGAUUUGCUAUAUUCUACAUGAUUUGGUUGACAAAUGUGGAUAGUAUUCCAAGUUACUCCUUUUAAUGUUUUUUUACUGAUGCUAUAAAACUAAUUUGAAAUUGACACUGUAUUAAAUUAUUAUUUUUUAGGCAAUACUGUCCUUUAUGUAUACGGUCAGUGUUCGAAAAGUUCCUAUGUGGCGAUAAUAAUCCGGCAAGUUUAGAGAUCGACUUUUGUCUAGACACACCACUCUUAUUAUUUCACAUCAUAUUGAAUAUUCGGUCAAUGUUUCGUCGUAAUCUCAAUCAGCCCUGGCAAGGUGAUGCCCAGAACUAUCGAAUUACGAUAUGACUUGCGAGAUAUACUUACGAAGAAUCUAAAUUACAUGAGAGAUCUAAGAGAUAUAAGGCGUAUUGAUAAAUAGUUUUAAAUCGAUAGUAAGAUGAAAUAUGUACAGAUAGUAUCAAAGAGAAACAAUUGUAAAGUCAGUUGCACAUUCUUUCAUUCACUUGGUUAGAUGUUUCAGUAUUUGCGACCGCCUGAACUAGGAUUGCUUGUGAUAAACAAACUAUGUAAAUAAAACAGUUUCUGCUUAAAAUGUCUGACUGGGUUUAAACAAACCACUGUAACGUGCAAAUGCAACUGCUAUCAUAUGACAGGGGCGUGGUCCCGUCCCAAUUUACCUUUUAAAGCCUCAAAGCUCAUCCGACGAUUUGGGAAGUGUUUUACCGAAAAUUCUUUUUUUAAGGUAUCGUUGAACUUCGAACGAAACCUGAACUUUUUCUUGACAAGGGUAAAACCUAUCUAAUGGUUUAUAUUAUCAAGUGUAUAUUAACGAACGAGCGCUGUUAAUUGAAUUCAAGCCAUCAGCAAGUAUGUUGUUCAUCAGUUUGGUUGCAUAUAGUGUGUGAAAAAAAAACGUAUCAUCAAGGUUGUUUAAAGAGGCCAUUUGAUAAACCUAUAGAUAGAGAGAGUAUUUUUUCGGAUAAAUUGUAGUAAUUGUGGCACUAGCGAAUACAAAUAUAAUAAAAAUGACCAGCACGGCAGUGUCAGCACAUUUGACAAUUCGCUCAUGUAUUGCCUUUUUGUCACGGCAAUAAAUUAGCUUCCUUUUAAUAUUGCCCGUCAGUAAUAAUUCAGCAUACAUGAAAAUCUGUAGAUUUAUCUCUUUUAAUCAAAGAUAUAAGUGCCUCUGCCUUUUACAAUAAUUAUUAUAAAACUGUAAAAAUAUUACUGUUCUUUAUUUUUAUAUGGGACAGAGUUAUCACGACUGCGAAGUAAAAAGCAAUAUAAUGUCGCUUGUUAUUACAGUUAUUCUAAAGUAUUAUCCGAAUAAAUUUAAAAUCUAGCCUAGGUGAUUAAAAUAUGGACGAAGGUAUAUAAAAGAAAACAGAGACCUUUAUUGUACAAUUCUAAAGCUAAAUCAACUCAAUAAAAGAGGAGUAGGUACACGAAAAUGGCUAAACACAAAUCCAAUAUUAGUGAACAUUCUUAUUUAACAGCUUAUUACAAGUAUAUACCUAUUAUUAUAGGCAAUCGUUUCAUUCUUUGAAGCUUUGGCUGUUGCGGUUAUUUCUCAGGCUUUAGACAGAAACUAUACAAAAAUAUUGUACUAAAAAACUUUGUAAAUUACUACUAAACACAAUUAUGUAUCUGUGUCCUUACAUUUAUAUGGAUUCCGUAACUACUUUUGAAUAAUUGAAGAGUAUUAUACCCUUUUCGUCAAAUUCUCAAUUUGAUAUAAACACUCCCUUUACUAUUUUUGUUUUGACACAAAUGUAUUUUGCCAUUUGUACCCUUUUUGUCAAAUUCUCAAUUUGAUAUAAACACACCAUUAUGUAUUGAAAUCAUAAUUCUUGCCUGAUUAUCAUUAUUUUAAACUUGUACGAAGAUUAAAAUUUUACGUUUUGAACUUUCGUAAUUAGAAAUCAUUCGAUUUCUCGGUUAAAUGAAAUCAAAUCUAAAUUACAUUAAUGCGCCUUGAGAGAAUACAAAAGAGUUGCAUGCACAUAACUUAAUUAUGAAUUAUUUAGGAUCUUUUAAUUAACAUAUCUUUUUUGGUUUAACCAUCUUAAAGUUUUAUUUUACUUAUUUAUUUUUAAGUAGUUAAUUGUGUAAAUAAUAUUAAUUAAAAUGAAUUUUAAAAACUUAUUAUGUUAUAAAUACAAUAAUCCUGUAUAAAUUGUGUGUAAAAAUUGGAAUUAAGCAUUAAUUUUAUAGUUUAGUUAUUAUUUAAAAUGUGUUUAUAUCACCAAAGAUGUUUAUGAAUAUUGUGCAUUGAUGGAUUUCUUGUAACAUUACAAUAUCGUGUUUAUCCUGACUUAUAGAUCAUGUGUGUUGACGGUUGAUUAUGGGCGUAUUUAAUUUAAAUGGACUGGCUGUUCUGUAUAUUUAAUCUGUGGCAUUAUGAACUGAGCCCCUGGAGUCCGGCAGAAUCUACAUCUAGUCAGACACGUACUGAUUACACUUGCGAUUGCGAUUACAUUGAUUAAUUUAUACAAAAAUCUAUAAAUUAUACUUAAAUGUCUGUAUUCAAUCGUGCGUAUCCAUAUGUUUGGUCGUGAAUAUACUUUUGUUAAAUCAGGUGAUCGCCGUCAAAUAAUAUAAACUUGUAUGCCUUUUUAUACCACCGUGACAAUUAAUAUUCUAAGAUUUAAAUUAAGGUAUUACAAAUAAAUAAACAUAUCACAAACUAAUUGUUAAAAGUAUUACUAACUCAUUUAAUUGUAACUUGUAACGUAAAUACUGUAUGCCUGCAUUAUUAUAUGAAUUAAAAAUAAUUGCGUAUUCGUUUUCUGUUGCAUUAGAAUUAGUAGAAUGUACUAUUCUGAAUCGUAACCAAUAAAAUAUUCAACUUAGCAACUAGUAAUAUACCAAGUACUCGUGUGUAUUAUUGUCUAUUACUUGGUGAAAAACUGGCCUAUAAAUAUUCUAAAUUACGUCGGAUUGCAUUAUUGAUACUAACUUAAAUAAGUUGAUUGUCGCGACACACGAAACUGCCCCAACCAAUACCUGCCUAUCGAUUCAAAAUUCAUUAUUGAAAAUAUUGGUAAAAAUUUAGUUUAGUUUGCAUAUUACACUUAUACCUGUCUUUUCAUUUUUAUUGUCUGUUAACUGCUUUAGAAACAUUAAAAUCAAUUAAUAUGACUAUGUACACGAUAUGGCUAUGGCAUAUAAAUAAUAUAUAUAAUAUAAGGUUGUCCGUUGCUUUCGAGGCAAUUACCAAAAUGACACAAAAUAAAUCGAGAGAUAAUAUAAGCUAUAUUAUCCGACUGUGUGUUACAAUAAUACAAUUAUUAUCAUUAUGUUACAAAAAUACACGAAGUGGUGCUGGGUUUGGCUCGAGCAAUCCUUCCCGAACAUUCUAUCGCAGUGUAAAAUUAUAGAUUUAUAUUUUCCGACGUCUAUUGUGUAUAUCAACGUAACGUUUACUAUGGCUAAACUGUUCGCAAUUGUACUCUGCGCAAUAAAACAGUUUUUGUUUGACGUCGAUAUGUGUGCAUCGACCACUGUUUUCUAGUCGCCUGUAGCUGGGGUUGGAUUUUCUGUAACCAUGUUCAAUCAUUUUACUGUAAACCUAAAACACGGAGUGUAUUUUUUCACGAAUUUGGUUACAUUACACCUAUCAAUUUGAAGCCCUGCUGCCAUAUUACACUUAUGACGGAGACUGGGGCUGCAACAUCACUUAUAAUUUAGGACAUUAAAUAGCUCGGAGAAGAAACAAAUAUAAAACAAUGAAGUAUUUUUGAAAUCUAUUAUUUGUCCAUAGAAUGAUGUUAGAUGAUUGGAGUGCUCCUUUCUACUGCCUCUAUAUAGCUUGGCAUUAUGCUAAUCAAAGAAUAUAAAUACUAAUUUCUGCUCAAAUGUCAUCGGUCGCAGCAUUCUCAUAAUGUAAUAUGACAUGGACCUAAAACGCAGAAGUACAAAUAGAACUCUUGCCAGUGUAGCAUAAUAAACACAGAAGUUUUUUUACAAGUUAGCUUACACCUACACACUGACUUGUAUGAAUUAUUCUUAAAAAUAAUAUUCUAAAAUUAGUGUUAGAUGUAGUUCUAUAGUUAUCUGUAUAAUGUCUAUAGUUGUAGCUACUUACUAUAGAAUAUACAUUUACAUGAUUAAAUAUCCAGGGAGUUCCAUAAGACGUGGGCCAACUGUUACUAUGUUUGUUCCGCGAUACUUGAGGACUAUUUCACCUUUGCAUAGAAUUUUACAAGACUCAUUCUAAACUAAAACAUCAUUAGGUCCUUAUCUGGGUGGUGUAAGCAACUAAGCAUUUUCUAUGAGAAUAGGAUAUUUGAACAGUCAUGAUAAUUUUAAUAUAUCACGUUUAUGCUUAUGUCAAAAACACAUUAUUCAUUUAAUAUUUUUUGUUCGACAUACGAAAAAUAUGCAAAAGAGCCGAAUCUUUGCGGUCACGAAGGGUACUGCAGAAUUUCCAUAGUUCAAGGCGAUGGGAAAUGAGGUCUCCAUUGUUCUGUGUCCAUUGUCACGCCACGCUCGUGGUUCGCCCUGAUAGAAAACUGACUGUGAAUUUAUUAUAGAAAAUAAUUCUAAUAAACUUGUAUAAAUUUGAUGUAGCUGAUAAUCUUAAUGCUGUAAUAAAUUAAUGUUCUUGUGUAAAUUAAUUUUGAAAUAUAUACCUAAUAUUAAUGUAGUGGCUGACUGGCUGUGUCUAAAACGAGUAGGAACUUAUAUAAUAAUAAACGAUGCAACAAUCACAGUUGUAAGUGAUACGAAUUAUUGAAAUACUUAUUUUGCUAUUGUGGGAAUAUGUAGGUAGCCGUAAUAAAGAUAAAGCAAAAAUAGGUCUUUAAAGUCAUAAUGUGUCAGACAUGCUAGUACAAACCAACUAAAAUAGAGAUGAAUAAUUUUGGAGUUGCUAAUGAUCGCUUUCGUACAAUGUAAUGGAAACUAUUUACAUAGGUAGGUAUUAUAUACGUGCUUUGAAAAUCGUGGAAUAUGUAACUCGUAGUUUUAAGGUAUACGUACCUAUAAUUAAUAGUGCACGCAAAUGGAAACCCAUUUGUGUGUUGUACUUAUGUGAGCAAUAUAAUCAAUGACUGCUUACGAGCCAAGAGCUCAUUUGUAACGUUCAUAUCAUGAUCGAGAGCGCUGUGCAUGCCUGCAUGUUUAUUUUAUUCACGUAGCCGUGUUAUAAGCUGAACUAAUAUAAUAAUAUAAUGUCCAUAUGUGAUUUAUAUAAGACUAUAUACAUAGUUCAUGAUUGAUUAUUACAUAACACAAUAACAUUUUAAUUGGUAGAUAUCGAAAAUAAAAUGAUGAAAAAAAAUAAACCUGAGUGCAUCACAAAAUGUAUAUAAGCAGAAGUAAACACCUAACCUAAAUAUAUUUAUUUACAAAACCUUCUCGUUGAGAAAUAUUAAAAAUGUUCAUAGGCAAGCGUUCGAUAAAUGGUUUGUGUUUCUGGCACUUGGGCAUACGCCACUUUAUAUCGAAAUUCAUAGUAACCAAGAUCGACUUCAUAUGAUACUACCUAAAUGUAUCAAAUCUAUCUUAUCUAACAAUAUUCCUAUGACAAAUUAAUAUGGUCGUUGCAACUUUGCGCAACAGUAUGUAGUAUAAGUGUCGGGUGGCAUUUCAUUAACCAAACGUAAAUUAGAUAGUUUUAUCAUAGGCGUAAGUGUGCUCUUAGGAUGCAGUUGUAAUGUUAUUCUUAGAACUGACAAUGUACUACUUACUAUUAAUUACAGCGUGUUAACGACGCAACGACUGAAUAGUGUUGUAAUCCCUGGACUAUUAUAAAGCAUGAUGAUAAUUCUUCCGUCUGACUGAAAGUCUCAACAUUAUUACGCCUAAGCACAACAUAUUUCACUCCGCAAACAUACGUAUCGAUUUACUUAUUUAGAUGUGACACGUUUUUACAUUAUUACAUUUCCGCAUGUCAGAUAAUUGCCACUGACUUGAUGAACUAUACUUCAGGAUAAUUUUAUAUAAUUAAUGUUUUAUUUAUAUAAAUAAAUUCAAAUCGUUUUUCCACUAUCACAUUCCAAGAACCUGAUUUGAUGACAAUGACUCAAACGUUACUUAUUCACGACGGUGUGACAAUCUCUGUUGAGGUAAAAAGGAAUGACUAUCUGAUUUAAUUGGUGAUUUCGUCUUAUUAGUGUUUUUUUUAAGUCUACAUACGUAAUUGAAUAUGAUGAAUUUUUAGCUUCUAAAAUCGAAUGGCCGUGAAGUUGCCCAACACUAUCGAUCUGCUUGCCCCUUUGGCUCUCCCCACGCGUGUCGCGUCGGGAAUCGAUUGAUUAAAUAGCUAUUUUCGUAAGAUUUAAACCAAAAAGUUUCCAUAAUUCACGUUUAUCUAUAGAAGUAUCGCCUACAUGAAGAGGUGCAGGUGAUAGGAAUUGUGUCAAAAACAUGCUACGUAUCUAAAAUACAAUUAACCGGUACAAUUUUAUGGCAGUGGUAUGUCUAAUCUGUAAAAGCUUAAUACAGCAAAACUACGGCUAUAUCGCAACUUAAAUUCUGAGGACUAAAUGUACUUACCUAUGUACUCUUGGAAGGUAAAACAUUGCAACAAACAAUGUAGAAAUCAUCCUCAUGCACACAAUUACCAAAUAAUGAAUGAUUUGACUUACAUCUACGUUGUACAUUUUCUUCAGUAGUUUACAUAGUUAUAGAUGCACCCGUAGGUUUAUUUUUAUUAGGUAUGCUUUAAGGUUGAAAUGAUAUUAUUUAAUACUUACCUGUCGAUUCAGUUAACAAAUAUUGUGUCAGUUUUCCCGAGUUAGGCAUCUACAUAAUGUGUUUUUGAAAGCAAUUUGUAAACAGAAAUAAUAAUAACCGCGUAGAUAUUGUCUUUUAAUUUUUAGGUUUUUAUUCCAGUACUGAUUAAAAAACUUCUUUGUACUAACUUUUUGAAAUAGUCCCAUCUCUGUGAUUUUCAAGUUAAUCUUAUAUGGAAACCAGAACUGGUGUUGAACUUAAUGAAUUCGCCUUAUCAUCGGCUGUAGAUAUUUUUAAGUACUACUUAUAAUAUGAAGAUAAUUGGAGCUGUCCUUUAUAUAAACUAUAGUUAUGGGUAAUAUUCGUCAUGUACCUAUAAUUAAUAAAUGUAUGGAAAAAGUAAGUACAAAAUAUGAUGAAUGAAAAAUGUGUUUGGGUAUUGUAAACCGUAGCUUCGCUAAUUGUGUCAAGUAAAUAUACGGAGCAUAAUAUUUUUUUAAAAUGUUAUAAGCAAGUAACAGAAUUAUUACUUGAUUGUUGACAACACACGGCAAUAACACCAGUGUUAGGCAGUAACUAUUGAUGUGACCUGAAACAUAAUCAAAUUUUCAACUAGGAAUAAGUGUUAUUGAUAAAAUAAUAUCGUGGCUGUGACUUAAUACAAAAAUGCCCGCUGUUUACUUGAAAUAUGAAAUGUUCUAGACUAUUUAGGGACUAUUAAAAAUAUGUAUACUCUGCUGUUCUUGAUCCCCCACUCCAUCCUACCAUCCGUGAGGGCGGAAAAAAUAACAAAGCCUAUAGUCGCGGCAGUUUACAUUUUACAAACACAUUUUUUAUCUCAAAAUAACUAAUUACGUAAUGUGAACUACGAUAUAGAAUUAAAAUAGUAAUUUAUUCUUUAUAGUUAAUUGCUAUAUAUUCAUUCAUUUAUACGUUCUAGUGAAAAUGUAGAAAAUCUGGGUGGAUCGUAAUCGUAAUGUUAAUCUCCUUGUAUACAGAGACAGCGAAAUAUGUAAGAAAUCUACAAAAUAUAUAAUGCUCAAUUGUGUACAUGUUGUCCCAUGGAAGCCUACUGAGUACGAUGUUGAGAUGUUUCAGAUUAACAGUGCUGCAGAUCUAUCUAAUGUAGACAAUAAUCAAUUACAGAGCAGAUAGAGCCACGACUGUUCUUGUGCAGUUGACAGCUAUCAGUUUUCAAGGGACGAUAGCACUUUGUUCUGACUUACAGCUACUGUUAACUGCACUUAAAAAAAACUGUGGAAGUCGCACAAAGCGACUUUACCGCGACUUCUGGUUCCGAAACCCCAUUUUUCUGAUCCUACGAGUACUUACAUAUUUUUUGGUGGGAAAUUCUAUUUAACCAAAUUGAUUUUGGUUAAGGGAGGCUUAUGUUCAGCAGUGGCCGUCCCAUGGCUGAGAUGAUGAAAAUGAUGAUGAAAUUGAUUUUAAAACUGCUACUUAUACAUAUACUUGACAGUCACAUGGGUCAAACUACACAACUGACGCUUUUCAGUGAAUAAAUCCUUGUUUUAACCCCGACUCAAAAAGAGAGGUGUUACAAGUUUGUUUGAUAAAUCAUAUAUGGGUAUGCUUUUGUGUUGGGAUUACUUACUACAGCUAUAAUAUAAGCAUAUUUGAAGUAAAUAUUCUGAUAAAAUAUUACACUGUCUUUAAGUUUUGCAGAACUACUUAGAACAUAACUAACAGUUUAAUGCGUUUUCUUAUAACAAACCUACUUGUUUAUCUUCUUUUGACUAACCCAUAUUUCAACACGAAGUCGUCACACCUAAUUAGCUCAACCUGUUUGAAACAUUAUGUUAAGUUUGGUUGGGAUAUUAUCAUAAUCACUGCGUACACGAAGUAUAUUUACAAAAUAUAUAAUUAUAUAUAAUCAAUGUAUAUUCACGCUUGAUUGAAUGUAGCCCUGCCUACUGUACCCACAUUGACAUACACGCAGAUCUAAUGAUCACGCUUCCAUCUUAGAAUAAUACUGUGCUCGGUUUUAGGGUAUAACACCUUACUAAAGUCCUAAUGUAAUAAUCCUAUACUAUACUGUUCUACGGAAUCGUUAAGCAUAUACCUACUAAUUUAUUCGAUGAUGAAUCAUCAUGCCUGUACAUAACCUGUUUUGUAAUAAUUUCCUUUAUGUUAUGAUUUGAUCACAGUUUAUUGAGAUUCCACUUAUUUAUGUUAGUCAUCGUUAAUGUGUGUUAACAUCAUAAUGUUUAAUAAGUCAGAUGUUCUAGUGUUUAAUGGGCGGUUUAAUUUUACUCAUACAUCAAACUAUAUACAACAACAGUAAGGGUAAAAGUAAAAUACAUAAUUCAACUGUGAUUUAACUUAAUAAUAUGCUAACUUGCGAUACCACUUUUUGCGUACCGACUAGUGACGUUAAACACACAUUAUACGUUUCUUAAUUUUAGAUCUUUAGAGUUAUUUCCAAAGCAUAAAGUGUUUUAAUAAUGUUUAGCUUAUUGUUCAAUCAGUACUUAUUUACUAACGUUGAAUUAACUCAGUAUUUGUUAUAUAAAAUUAUAUAUUACAGUUAAUGUAACGCAUGUAAUGCACUUUUGUGUAACAACUGAUAUAUAAGUUAAGUUAGUUCAUUCUGUUUUAUAAAAAUGGGACAAACAAAUAAAUAGGUUCCGAUUGAAA